UAAAGGAGAAGGGAGAGGAGUAGGAGCAGUAGACGAAUGAUGGUGCCAUACUGCCAUCGCCGCCAGCUCAAGCCCUCCCUUCAAUCCAACUCCACCUCCACAAAAAUCCUAUCCAUUCUCCACCAAACGCCCCCACGACGAGAGCUCAUCAUCCCCUGCUAAAAAUUUGCGUCUUUUAUUUCUAAAGAUUCCUUACCGGAGUUUUCUUUAAUAAAAAAAUCCCCCUUCUGUUGUCCAUUUCUCGACGCGCCAAUUGUUUUUUUCUUUCUUUCUGAUUUGGAUUCGUGGAUUUGGACCACGCGCACCACCACAACCAAUCCUCCUCCCCCCUUCGAGUCCCCGUCCUGCCCCAACAAUCCCAAUCUCCGGAAGAAGGGGAAGCAAGCAUCAGAAAUCCUAAAUAGGGGGGGCGCACCAAGAACUCCACUGAGAAUCCCCAAUCAUUUCUCGGUGCAUUUGGCCCCGCUCCACCAUCACCGAAAUCUCCAAGAAAACUCAUCCCGAAUCCGCCCCCGCCCCCAAAUCGGCCCUACACCGCACCAGAUCACAGCUCAUAAUUCCAGUGAGAAUUCGGAAAGGAGGGGAGCAAUGACGGAGGUGGCGCUCCUCCGGGGCCCGACCAACCUCGCUUCCACCGCAAGCCGCGCCCCCGCCUCCCCCUCCCCCUCCCCCUCCUCUUCGCUGCGGUAUUUAGCCAAUGCCGACAGCGACGUGCUCCAAGGAAGCGACAGCCCGGAGCGCACUGCGGGAUCUGCGGGGAGCCGACGACUCCUUGAACUGCGCGGGCAAGAGGCGGCGGAGGAGGAAGAGGAGCGGUGGUCCUUCUUGGCGCUGCUCUUUGAGCUACUGCGGAAGUCGUUGCUCGGGUGCAGGACCGUGGGCGGCGGCGAAGGCGAACACGGCGGCUGCGGGAUGGAGAUUGGGUUGCCCACGGACGUGCAGCACGUGGCGCACGUCACGUUCGAUAGGUUCCACGGAUUCCUAGGCCUGCCCGUUGAAUUCGAGCCCGAAGUGCCCCGCCGUGCUCCCAGUGCCAGUGCAAGUGUCUUCGGUGUUUCAACAGAAUCAAUGCAGUGUUCCUAUGAUUCCCGAGGAAACAGUGUCCCAACCAUCCUUUUGAUGAUGCAGAGACGCCUUUAUGAACAGGGUGGUCUUCAGGCAGAAGGUAUCUUCCGUAUAAAUGCAGAAAAUAGCCAGGAAGAGUUUGUGAGAGACCAACUAAAUAGUGGAAUUGUUCCAGAUGGCAUUGAUGUCCACUGUUUGGCAGGUCUAAUUAAAGCCUGGUUUAGAGAAAUGCCGAGGGGUGUACUGGACCCUAUCCCACCUGAACAGGUGAUGCAAUGCCAAUCUGAAGAGGACUGUGCUCGCGUAGCGAAAUGCCUUCCACCAGCUGAAGCAGCUUUGCUUGACUGGGCUGUGAAUCUGAUGGCCGACGUAGUCCAAGAAGAACACAUAAACAAGAUGAACGAUCGCAAUAUUGCUAUGGUCUUCGCACCAAAUAUGACUCAGAUGGCAGAUCCUUUGACUGCACUGAUGUAUGCAGUCCAAGUGAUGAAUUUUCUCAAGAUGCUGGUACAAAAGACCCUCAAGGAUAGAGAGGAGUCGACCCCAGAGGAUGCUUUGCUGCCCCAGAAGGACCCAUCUGAUGAAAACGGGCAUCAGAAGCCCACCGUGACACUUGAUUCUCUCCUCGAGGAAGGAUCCAGGCGCCCUUCUUUCGCCAAGGAAGAGCCCCUCCUGAACAGCCCUGGCCACAGCACUGAUGACAAGUCUAACGAAACUAACACCGAUUUAGGAGCCACUGCUGCUUUCACUGCCCAGACAAGCGAGGUAGCAACGGGUGUGGAGGACUCCACUAGUAGUGGCUCACAGCCUGCACCUGCUGGCCCAGCUGCUAUCGCUGAUGCUUCCGGCACGACAGCCACAAAUUCUCUCCAGGCAGGCAAGGGGAGCCGAAGCCUGAACCGGAGGAGGACUAGAAAGGGCAAGGGCCAGUCUGGCACGCGCACCACGCCUGCAGCUGAGAAAUCAAGAGGUGCGAGCAUCGUGAGCCGGAUAAACUCCAGAGUUGAGCGGAUCGAAGCGUGGAGAUGAGACCGAAAGCCAUUUCCAUCGCUGUUGUGUACUAGAUGAUGACUGACCCAGCGUUUCCUGAAAAUAGCACCCCCCGAACUGCUUGCUUGCACAUUUUACAUUUUUCUCUCUCUCUCUAUGCGCUUAUCAUUUCUUGCUGUAUCAUGGCCAUGGUAUUUUGAGAUUCGAUCUUCCUGUCUUUACUAACUUCUGUAUCUUUCUUAUGGUUAAUUCUGUGAGUCAAUGAAAGAUGCUUGUGCUUUCCUUUGU